AUGUCGGUAGACAUUGGAUGGGAAACCAUCACCUCCGGCCCUGACGGUGCCGCUCUUGCCGAGAAGAUUCGAGGCUUUGUACACGAGAAAUUCCAGCAGGUGGCGCUGCCUCGAUUCAUCAAUGCCGUCCACGUUCAUUCGUUUGAUCUGGGGACAGUCUGUCCGGAAAUCGAGAUCAAGGACAUCUGUGAUCCGCUGCCUGACUUCUACGAGGAUGACGAUGACGACGAGGAUGACGGAGACGAAGAUGAAAUUCGAGCCGAAGACGAUGAGACUAAAGCGGCGAAGAAUCAGAGCUUGGAGAGCAUGCGUGGCAAUGGAUCUGAGGGUGCUGCUUUGAGCUCCCGGCAGCCACGUCCGACACCACAGCUUUCCAAUAUAUUGACGAGCUCAGAAUUCGCCGAGUUUGCCGCCAGGGGGCAGAGUGCAAGCGCCCACACCUUGAGCGGCCCGUUUCCACGAAGCACAACUCCGGGCAUUCCAGGCGGGACGUCAAACCUCAGCUACUUUCAUUUCCCAGGCAGCGGUCUCUCUGGCACUCAGACUCCGCUGGCGGCACUUGCCAGCGGAACUCCCUUCACCCCGAGACCCUGGUCGCACGAUCCGGCAUAUAAUGCCGCUGCCCAGCACACGGCUUCCACCGAAAGAGGACAGUUGCAGCCUGUCCCAUCGGUGCAUGGUGAUCCAUCCACCAGACCAUCCACGGCCAACAGCAUUUCUUCACCUCGCGAGUCUGAAUCAGGGCUGUCAUCGUCGCCUCCAUCACAAAACAGACAUACUCCAGGCACCGACAGUAGACACGAUUCUACGCUAGAUGAUGAGACGGCACUGUCACCCGCUAGACUACACAGCAGACAGCCCUCGGACUUGCAAGUGGUUGCGAGUGUCAAGUAUGCCGGGAAUGUGCGCAUGACCCUGACGGCAGAGAUACUGCUCGACUAUCCCAUGCCGAGCUUCGUGGGGAUCCCUCUGAAGCUAGCCAUCACUGGCCUCACCUUUGAUGGAGUCGCGAUAGUGGCUAUGAUUAAGCGGAAGAUGCACUUUUGUUUCUUGGAUCCCGAGGACGCUGCCGCACUCGUCGGCGAAGCCCAGACAGAUGACCGACCCGCGCAGAUCCGUGGCAGGGAUGGCUUGGGAAGUGGUGUGCCCGGUCUAUUACAGGAAAUCCGCGUGGAGAGCGAGAUUGGGCGGCAAACUGAUGGAAAGCAAGUCCUCAAGAAUGUGGGCAAGGUGGAAACGUUCAUCCUUGAACAAGUCAGGAAGAUCUUUGAAGAGGAGUUUGUCUUUCCAAGCUAUUGGACGUUUCUAGUGUGA